CGGUCGCGCAGCGGCAUCGUCAAGGACAAGCUGCUGCGGGACACGCAGCUCAUCUCGCUCAUCUGCGCGCUGCUGCUGAUCGAUGGACUGAUCGUGACGCUGUGGGUGAUGGUGGACCCCAUCCAGCGACACCUGCGCAACCUCACGCUGGAGAUCAGCCCGGCCGACCGCAGCGUCGUCUACCAACCACAGGUGGAAGUCUGCCGUUCCCAGUACACCCCGGGCUGGCUGGGCGCCCUGUACGUGUACAAGGGCCUCCUGCUGGUGGUGGGCGUGUACAUGGCGUGGGAAACGCGCCACGUCAAGAUCCCGGCGCUCAACGACUCGCAGUACAUCGGCAUGAGCGUGUUCGUGACGGACGACCGGCGGGAGCUGCAGUACCGCGUGGAGGUGCAGAACCGCGUGUACCGGCGCGAGGUGGCUGCACUGGACGCGGAGCUGGGGCGGCUGCGGCGGCAGCUGGCCGAGUCCCCGCCCUCCUCUGGCUCCGCCGCCUCCGUCGCACGGCGGGUCAAGUUAAAUAAGGCAUAUAACAAAACUGGAAGCAGUUACGACAUCAUUCAUAUAAAAAAUUGUUCUGCAACAAGAAUCUAUGAGUUGAAAAACAGUCAGUUUCACGACAUUGAUAUUACUGAGAAAGAUUCUAUGAAUUAA